AUGCGAAACUGUGGCCUUGUUAGGCCCGAAUACACUAGAGAUGGCAAUUGCGACCUUAGGAAUAAUAAAGCUGGAGCUGUUGUCUUCACUAUCGUGCCCAACCUGAAAAAAGAAGAUGUAAUUCAAAUUGUCAAUGCAAAAUUCAUCUUGUAUGAUUGUGGUAAAAAUAGCAGUUUCCUAACUCCUUUUAAGGAUAUACUGGAUCGCUGCGGAGCGCUAACAGCAGAUCCAUCUACUGAGCAUAAUAUUAAAAUACUUUCUCUGAGAGAAACAGGUUUAUACAAUGUGCCAGUUAUAAAUCAAAAUAUGCUCUCACAAAAUAUAGCAGAAGCUGAACUCCCACAUAUCUAUCCAGAAGACAAUGUGAUAAUAUUCUCAACAUCAGGAAGUACCGGCAUACCAAAGAUGGUUUGUCAUUCCAACUUUGACUGUGCAAACAUCGAGCAACGUUUAACAGAGAACUACCAGCGUAUUGUUUACAAUGACAGAUUAUUCUUCUGGGGAUUAGGAUCCAUUGUUAAUACCGUCAUGCGAAGUGAAACUUGGGUAUUUCCGGAAACAAACGUGACAUUGAUUUGUCCAAAUAUAGAUUUUACUUGGCGCAUUUUAAAAGAAGAGACAUGUUCGGACGCUUUGCUUACGUCUUCAGAAAUCCGCAAAUUACUUGAAAUGCCCAAGUCUGUUGCAGAGGACAGAUUCAGGCUGAAAUAUAUACAUACUAGUGGUGAGAUCAUUGACAACUACUGCAUUCGAGCAGUGGGACAACUCUGUCAGGAAAUGGUGAUUUUAUAUGGCGCAACGGAGUGUCAAGACAUCAGUUUGAAAAUCAUCAGUAAUUUCAGCGAACGUCUUCAGACGGGAAAUAUUGGUGAACGCGUAGCGUGGGCUGAAAUCAGGGUCGUGGACAGCCAAGAUAAUCCCAUCAAAAGGGGUUUAACAGGUAAAAUCCAGCUUUACAGUAUUCUACUUAACUCACGCCCAGCUCUCAAUGAAGAUGGCGGUGAAGGUGUCGUUGCGUCCCAGGAGUUCCAAGUGUCAAGUGCCAAGUGCGAGGAGCAGAUAUUCUGCUCCCGUAUUUAUGGACACAACUAG